AGAAACGAUCACAAAUGGGAUCAAGCAUGGGAAAGUGCUCCUACGGUGACGAUCCAUAUUACAAACGAAGACGAAAGACAGAAAUAGGCGACAACUUCUCGAAAGAGUACUCCGAGUACUGGCGAUGUCCUCCACGAAAAAAGACUUCGGAUACGUUUGUUAUAGAGAGAAACGAGUACACUUUCUCAAAUAGUGCAAUGUAUGCAUCUUCUGCAUUCGACAAUAGAAGACCGCAACCAUUUGUGUCAUCAUUUUCGAAAACGGACAAAUCCUCACAAUUUCACAGUGGUUUUGCUCCAGUGACAUCAAAGUCAUCAAGCAAAUGAUAUUUAUGGCUUUCAUUACGAUCGAAAUUGUUGUACGCAAAUGACAAAACUGAUGCUAUAAUCCUCACGUUUCUACCCCUGUGUUAUAUCAUAAUUUUGAUGCAUAAAUGUAUGCUUAUCACUGCAAUCAUAUCACUUUUUGAAUCUAAGAAAUGUUUGGAAUUAUCAUCUCAUGGCCCCAGUUCAUCAUUCUGUUGCUUUGCUCUAACUCUUGAAAUGUGCCGUAUAAAUCGAGAAUUUCACUCUGUCGUGC